AUUUUUAUACAGCGCAGUCAUCCCAUAGCUAUCAUAACAGACGGCAUACACGUACUGUCGAGUGUCGAUAUAGAAAUAGCAAUAUGCAGCAAGUUUUUGUAUUUUUAAUAUUAGCAUGUGUGUCUUCACCUGGGACACCUAAAUCUGUCGAUGUCGACACCGAUGAUGACGUUUUGACGGGUUUAGAAAAGAAAACUCUUGAACUGGAAACACAAAUUGCUGGAUUGAAAACAGAGAUUUGUGCAUUGGAGAUGAAAAUGAAGGAAGAGAGAGAUUCAAAUCAGAAUCAACUAAAGGGGGUAUCAGCGAAUGUGUCGGACACCAUGAAGGUUGUCGGAGACCACACAGCUGCCUUGGCCACACUACGACUUGACAUAGAUAGCCUGAUUCAGAGUGUGAACUCUCCACCUCCAACUCCUGCGCCGACUGAUGUCUCCGUGUGUCCGGGUGACGACUGGGUGGAACACAAUGGGCAUUGUAUUUUAUUCAGCAGCGAAUCAGUAACUUGGAACACAGCUAAGGUACGCUGCAUGUAUUACGGCGCCCAUCUCAUGGUUGUGGACACGGAAGAGCUGAACACAUUUCUGAAGAUCCGACUACGAGCUCCUGAUGGUAACAGUCAUUACGUGGGUGGGAUUGAUUUCGGCCAAGCCAACUGGAUAUGGGACUCUACCAAUACUGAAAUAGGAUACACCGACUGGAGGAUAAGCCAGCCGAGUAAUGGGAGAACCGAACACUGUUUAGUGGUCUGCUCUGGUUCUACCUGUCAGUGGAAUGAUGUGGAUUGCUAUGGCAACAAAAAAUAUAUCUGCCAGAAAGCUGCUGUGCAUGGAUAAGUUGUAGAAAGCGGAUUCCAUCAAAAAGACAUUUCCCAUUCUAGGGAAACAAAGAUUAUCUACAACAUAUGGUUAUACCACAGAUACUUCUCUAAAAAAUAAACUAAUUGCCUCCCUUGUCAUGCUUUUGUGUUGAAAUUAAAAAGCAACUCGAAAUAGUGGUAA